AUGUACAUAUCCGUGAAGCAAAUGAAACUUUUGAUCAACCUCGUCCUUUGUCAGUGUCUUUCACUGCCACUUGCAAUUAUACAUUAUAAGUUUCUUGCUGUCGACAAGGUAUCGCGCAAUGUUCGUCUGGUUUUCCCUCUAACAGUCGGACUACUGUUUUGCUACUUUUGCUAUGGGAAUGCUAUGAAACAUUUGCUUUCGAAUGUUGGCAUCUGUCUUAUAUUAUUGCAUUGUGCGCCUGCAAAACAUGUUCAUCAAUACAUAUUCCUAUUUUCUAUGGGCUAUUUAGUCUUUAUACACUGGUAUAGGUGGUACAUUUUAACUUCCUAUUCAAUAGACGUUACAGGGCCUAUGAUGGUUCUGGUUCAAAAAGUUACUAUGCUAGCUUUCUCUCUUCAUGACGGAAAAGUAAAACGGCCGGAAGAAUUGAACGCGGUUCAGAAACGAGAAGCACUUGUAUCUCCACCAAGUUUCUUGGAAUAUAUGAGCUAUAUGUUUUCCUUUCAAACAGUGCUAACUGGGCCUAUGUUUAUUUAUAAAGAUUAUUUGAGCUGGAUUUCCAAUGCCAACACUGGUAGGAAUGGCAAAUUCGAAGGUUCUUUUCAUCCUAGCAUGAUUGCUGAACAGAGAUAUUUACAGUUGGAUUGGUUUAGAUGGUCUCUUCUAUUUUUCUUCGUUAUCUUCCUACAACGUGUACAGUACUAUUAUGCUUGGACAGUAGGUCUGGGAUUUGUUUCAGAUUUCCCUGGAUUAAAUAAGCUGAAACUUAAUGCGGAUGCAAUAUGUAACGCGAGUGGAUUUGGUUUUAAUGGAUACGAUGAGUUUGGAAAACCCAAAUGGGAUUUGGUUUCUAACGUUAAUUGGUUUAAAGUGGAGAUGGCCUUGAGUUUCAAAGAGACUUUGGACGCGUGGAAUUGCUGUACUAUGUACUGGUUAAGGAGAGUGGCAUAUGAGCGCACUCCAAAAAGGUAUCGAACAGUGGCCACGUACCUGUUGUCUGCUAUAUGGCAUGGUUUCUUUUUUGGCUACUACCUCACUUUUUUAACUGGAGCACUGGUUACUGUGGCUGCUAGAACGGUUCGGAGGUGUUUACGGUUUAGAUUUCAAGGAUCUGCGUCUUUGCGUUUUACUUAUGACGUUUUAACCUUUUUGACAACUAAAAUUGUGUUGGCUUACGCUACCUUCCCGUUUGUUACUAUGCAUCUGAAUCCAGGUCUCUUUAUCUACAGGCGCUUAUACUUUUUCAUACACAUACUUGCGUUACUGGCUAUUUUUGUUCUUCCGAUAGUGAUUCCACCUGAAGGCGAGAGUAAAAGGGUAACUCUAACAAAUGAAAAUUCGGGGACGGAUGGAAAGGAAAUCAAGAAGGAUUAA